AUGGCCUUCAAAUUUCAUCAAUUUUUGGCCUUGGCCAAGUCCAUAAUUAUCAUAAGCUCCUUGCAAUUAAGCUCAUUUGGAGUUUCCCAAAAUGACGAUGAUUUGACCAAGGGAGCUUCGUUUAUAUUUGGGGAUUCUUUAGUCGAUGCGGGCAACAAUAACUAUUUACAAACUUUGUCCAAGGCUAAUAUUGCCCCGAACGGUAUCGAUUUCAAAGCAUCCGGGGGGAGUCCGACCGGCCGGUACACAAACGGAAGAACAAUUGGAGACAUUGUUGGGGAAGAAUUAGGCCAGCCACACUACGCGCAGCCGUUUCUUGCCCCAAAUACGACCGGAAGAGCCAUAUUGUACGGCGUUAACUAUGCCUCCGGUGGAGGGGGAAUCAUGAACGCCACCGGAAGUAUAUUCGUCAACAGGCUUUCAAUGGACAUUCAGAUUGAUUAUUUCAACAUCACAAGGAAACAGAUUGACAGAUUAUUGGGGGCAUCAAAGGCAAAAGAAUACCUUGCUAAGAACUCAAUCUUCUCCAUCACUGUAGGUUCCAAUGAUUUUCUCAACAAUUACCUUUUGCCUGUUAUCUCAAUGGGUGCCAGAAUAAGACAGAGCCCUGAUGCCUUUGUGGAUGACCUCAUUAACCAUCUAAGAGGACAAUUAAAGAGGCUUUAUCAAUUGGGGGCAAGGAAAUUUGUAGUGGGAAAUGUGGGGCCAAUUGGGUGCAUUCCUUAUCAGAAAACUAUCAAUCAGCUAAGUGAAAAUGAGUGUGUUUCAUUACCAAAUAAGCUUGCACUUCAGUAUAAUGCCAGAUUAAGGGACCUUCUGAAGGAGUUAAAUGGGAAUUUAGAUGGAGCUAUGUUUGUCCAUGCUAACGUCUACGAUCUUGUCAUGGAACUCAUCACAAAUUAUGCCAAAUAUGGAUUUACUAGUGCAAGUAGAGCUUGUUGUGGUAAUGGCGGCCAAUUUGCGGGUAUAAUCCCAUGCGGGCCGACGUCGAGUAUGUGUUCGGACCGGGAUAAGCAUGUCUUCUGGGAUCCUUACCAUCCAAGUGAAGCGGCUAAUGUUAUAAUCGCAAAACAGUUGAUGGAUGGUGGUACAAAAUACAUAUCUCCCAUGAAUCUCAGGCAGCUCCGAGAUCUUUGA